CCCACUGGUUAUCUGCCAACCUAAUCAAUGGCUCUAAAGCCCGAUCCCCGGAUCCGCACCCGAACCCGCAACUUCCCUGCAUGCUACCGCCACCGCACCCAAUCCUCUACCGGCAUUUGCGCCGCCUGCUUGCGCGAGCGGCUCUCCGGUGUCGACCCUUCCGCUGACCCGGAACUCUCCUCCUUGCCCAUCAAUCCCUCCUUGCUUCCCUCCGUCGCCGGAGAUGGUCGAUGCAGUGCUAGACUCGAUGGACGUCGGAGUAAAGCUGCCGCCGUAGGAGAUCCCUCUUCCUCCUUCGCGCCGGAUCUCCGACGGUGCAGGUCAGUUUCGGGCAUCCACCCGGAGGCUUCGUGUAGCUCCUCCGAGCCCCGUCGCACGUCUUGCGAUGUUAGGGAUCGGAACUCACUCGCGCUUCUGUUUGACAUCAACGACGGACCACCCUCCUCGGACGUCAAAGUGGAAACGAAGAACAUUGGAUUCUCCAGGUUAGGUCGUUUUGACGGAGAGCCAAUUAAAGAUGCAGAAAUUGGGGGAGAAGCUAGGGUUCCGAUUGACCCGAAUGUGAAUGAUGUUGACAUGGAAGGAGAGCUAAAGACGAUGAAGGAGUUUAUCGAUCUCGAAAUACAGAGUGGAAACCAGAGGCCAAAGGAUUUGAGAGUCUUUGCUGGCAAUUUCUGGGAAGCUGCCUCAGUUUUCAGCAAGAAAUUGCAAAAAUGGAGGCAUAAGCAACAUGGUAAGAGGAUCCAAAGUGGAGAAGAUGGUAACAGGGUUAGUUCAAAUGCUAAUACUAGUGAUGGGUUUUCUAUAAGAAAGAGUGGUAACCAAAAAACAGAGAAUCUGAGGGAAACACAAUCUGAUGUAGGGGAAAACGCGGUGGGUCGAAGAUCUUGUGACACUGAACCUAGAUUUUCUGUUGAAAACCCUCCCAUUAUGAUUGAUGAGCCAAGAGCAUCUUGGGAUGGCUAUUUAGCAGCUAGGAACAUUUCUGGGCAGUCUAAUUCAGAUUCUUCCUUCUCUCAGAGGGAGAGUUGUUCUGACAGGUCCAGUUCUGUACUGAGCUUUGACAAUAACAAAGGUUUGGGAUUAGAGUGCCAUCAUCAUCAGCAUCAUCUUGACUCUACUAAGUCUGCAAGCCUCAAGCUGGUCAUCACAGAGAAAGAGCUUAAAGAUUGGCACCUUAAGUCUGUCAAAGACCCUUCCUUUAAAUCUUUCGAACCUCCCCCCAAAGAAACCCCUCCUUCUCCUGCUGCUGCUGGAUCUUGUAACAACAAACACUCGAACAGAUCAACAAAGAAGAAUGCCACCACAUGGAAGAAGGUCUGGAAUGUGUUUGGUUUCAAGCAAAAACUCAGUGACACUAAAGGAGAAGUGCAAUCCAAUAAUUCGGAGAAGAAGCAAAACCCGGAGCUUGAGAAUCCGAUGAGGCUUGCACGUAGCAGUAGCGUUGUUAGAGCUAGAAAUUCGACCGAUAAGAUUGAUAUGAUUCCCGGUAGGCGUAGUGUUUCUGAAGGUGUUGGAUAUGGUUAUGCUAACAAUAAAGGGAGGUUUCUUCUAGCAGAGAGGAACAGAAAUGGGAAAUGUAAUUCUAGCAGCUUGGAUGGUGGUGGUGUACUGCCAUUUUAUUUGAUGCCACUGAGGACUUCUAGGAGCAAAAGUAGUAGUAGAAGUAUGCUGCUGAACUCUGAUUGUAUUUCUGAAAAUGUUCUGAAUUGAAUGGCAAAGUUACCAUAACUGUACCACCAUUGUUUAUCAAAUGCCAAAGAAUAUUGUAUUGUUAUCACACUUCUGUUUUCUGAGUUUGUUUUUGUACUGAAUAUAUUCUCUAUUGUGAA